AUGGCAUUUUUGUUCGGUGAACAUGUUAUCUCUCAAGACGGCAAGUUCUAUUGCCGUAUCUGUCAAGUCCAGUACUCCUCCUACGACGCCAUCUAUUCGCACUGCCAAGCUGCCGUGCACCAUUCUUGGUGCCAGGCCUGCGAGUUGAUGUUUCUCGAUGAGAUCGAGCUCACGGAGCACCUGAAGGACUGGGAGUACCAUCACUUCUGCCCAAAUUGUGCUGGCAAGAUGGAUUACACCGAUGAAGAAAUGCUCGGCGCUCAUCGUGCGGAAGCCCACUUCUGGUGCCAAGAGUGCGACCUCCUCCUGGCAUCAAAGAGGUGCUUCGAAACACACCUCAUCUACGAGCAUGCCGCCUGUGAGGUCUGCCUUGAAGUCUUCAAGGACAUGGAGCUGUGCCGCGCGCACCUAACAACACACCUCCAUGACGAGUACCGGUGCCCGGGCUGCGACAACACCGCUGAGACUUUCUCAGCAAUCAUCCAGCACCUGGAGUCAAGCAGCAUCUGUGGGGGUUUCGAGGAAGUCAUGCGCCUCGUGAGAGAAACGCCGGGCUCCGCAGACUUUUACAUUCGUUCGGCAUCCGGUUUCGACUUCCACUGCAAGAGUUGCUUGCUACGCUGGGCCACUCUCGGCGAACUUGCCUCGCACCUUGAGGGCACCGUCGAUUGUAUGUGGCUCAUGGGCCCAGAUGAGGCAUUUUCAUUCUUGCGGGACUCUCUCGGUCAACGUCAACAGCGGGACUCGCCCUCGCCUGACUGA